UCCGAGUGAUUUCUGCGGCAGCCGGUCCCAAUAUGGUGGACGACCCUGGCGCUGCUGAGUCCCCGCGGGACAAACGGUCGGCGGCGCACUCCCUGGAGAGGCUGCUUCAGGAGCCGCUUCCGCCGCCGCAGAUUCGCAUCCGGCCCUGGUGGUUUCCGGUGCAGGAACUGAGGGACCCCCUGGUGUUCUACCUGGAGGCAUGGCAGGCGGACGCGAUUUUUGGCCCAGACCGAGCCGUCAUUCCAGAAAUGGAGUGGAUGAGCCAGGCCCUGCUGACGGUGAACAUGGUGGACUCCGAGGACUUAGUUGAAAUCACUGUCUUUGGACGGCCCAGUGUCCAGUGUCGGGUGAAGAACAUGCUCCUGGGCCUGGCGUGGUUUCAUCGAGAACGUCGUGCCCGAGCUGAGAAGAUGAAGCACCUUGAGGAGACCUUGAAGGCCCGUGCAUCAGGUUCCAACACUCCCCAGCAUCCUAUUGCUUAAGGCAAAAUAAUUGUCAGAAACAUUAUGAGAACAGUCCUGUUUCUACUAAAGGUGAAGAGAAGCAAGUAUGGUAUUCGUAAAUCUCUGCAUUCCUUUUUCCUGUGUCUUGGUUUAUUUUGUUGCAAAAAUGCGUUUGUAGAACCACUGUAAAAAAGAAAUGGAUGUCUGUUUUGUCCAAUGGCAAAGAUUUUUGCUCACUUAAGAUAAAGCAAAUUUAUAAAA